GUUUGCUUUCAAAAUAUCCCUAUAUCUAGCUAAUUGAUUCAUACAUACACAAAAAUCACAUAAUUACAUCAUGGUGCCGCGCCACAGACUAAAAAUGGGAGCCUCUAUGAAGGCCAAGUCCCGUAUUAAUUUGAAGCUUCUCAUCGAUUCAAGAGGUCAGAGAGUCCUAUUCGCCGAAGCCGGGAAGGAUUUUGUUGAUUUUUUGUUCACCCUUAUGUCUUUGCCAGUUGGUACGGUAAUAAAUCUGCUGUCAAGCAAUGCCAUGGUUGGCAGUCUUGGGAAGCUUUACCAGAGCAUUGAGAAUCUCGAUGACACACUUAUGCAGCCAAAUGUUGACAAAGAAACCUUGUUGAACCCCAAACCACCAGCUCUUAAUGGUGCAAAUCCGAUACCUCUUUUGUUGCCCAACAAUAACAUUCGUUAUGAGCAUGAAGGUAAAAAUAUGAAUGUAUUCCCACAAAUCAACAACCAUAACACAUUCGGAUUCGCCGUAAGUCCAUCAUCAUCAACAUCCUUAGUCGGAAGUCUAUCAUCAUCACCAUCCUUAUUCGGAAGUUCACCAUCAUCAGCAUUCGGAAGUUCAUCAUCACCAUCCUUCGGAAGAUCAUCAUCAUCACCGUGCUUCGGAAGUUCAUCAUCAUUACCAUCCUUCGGAAGUUCAUCAUCACCACCAUGCUUCGGAAGUUCAUUAUCAUCAUCAGCACCAUCCUUCGGAAGUUCAUCAUCACCACCAUGCUUCAGAAGUUCAUUAUCAUCACCAUCCUUAUUCGGAAGUCCAUCAUCAUCACCAUUCGGAAGUUCAUCAUUAGCAUCAUCCUUCGGAAGUCUAUCAUCAUCACCAUCCUUAUUCGGAAGAAAAUCAUCAUCAUCUUGUGGAUGUGGAGAAGGAGGGUUUGUGAAAGGUGUGGUUAAUUAUAUGGUGAUGGAUGAUUUGGAAGUGUCUCCAAUGUCUACCAUUUCAAGCAUAGCCAUCCUUAAUAAGUUCAAUGUUAAGGAGGUUGGUGCUCUUCAGGAUAAGAUGGUUUCCAUUGGCAUGAAUGAGGUAUGGGUAUACUAUUUUCUUCUUUUGAUAAAAGGGCUUGAAAUUAUUGAAAGCAGCUUUGCAGUCAAAAACUGUUCUCACCGAUGUGUUCCUGGGGAAGGAAGCAACUACCAAGAUUUAGUUGAUAUUAAUUACUCUAUGUGUAACGGCCCAGUCCACCCGCAUCAAAAUAUUGUCCUCUUUGGCCCAGGGUUCACUCCAUCUCUCCCCCCGGGCCUCAAGGUUUUGUCAAAACGUGUCUUGAAGGAAAAGGUAUCCACAGCCUUAUAAAGACUGCUUCGUGCCCCUUUCCAACCGAUGUGGGAUGUUGCACUAUGCUUCCAUGUAUUAUAACUAUUUAAUCGAUUCCAGGUGGUGGAUAUUAAAGAAAAGAUUUAUAAGCUAUAGUUCUUGAUUCUGCAAAUAUUUUAUUGUUACUACUUGAGGGGGUAAGAAUGUAAAAUUUGAUGAAGAUGUUUUAUUGGAAAUGCCUUUGUCAAGACCCAUCCAAAAUUUCUCACCGGAACCCUAAACAAGCCCUGAUCCUAGGGAAACCCUACCGGACCAUCCAAUGGAAA